UCUAUGCUCGUAUCUGUUGUUGAACUCGAGCGUAUCUCACAGAGAACUUCAGAUACUACUACGCUAUCGUUACUAUCAAGGGUAUCACGUCGUCUUCGUCGAGCAGCGGCUCGGUGUGGAUGCCGGUCUCUAGCGGGCGUUGACGUGCAGCUGCCUGUGCCUCGUAUGCAGCAGGACGUUCUGCCUCCCAUGUGUGCAGUUGGACCAUCUACAGCAGGACUCAGCUCGUCGCGAUCGACGCGGGACACGUUUGAGAACGUGGCCCAGGACGACGACGACGACGACGACGACGACGACGACGACGCUGGCGCUGGCGCUGGCGCCGCAGGUCAGGUGGAGAUUGGACCGUCUCAGUUGCAGGAUGCUCCUACAACUCAGCCAUCACAGCUGACACCACGUAGAAGGCGUCCACGAGACCCUUACACUCCAGGCACCGACGCUCUUGGGGCCAAGGGCAAGGGUAAGACUAGGAGGAAAUGAAUACUUUUGUGAUAUGGACUGUGUGAUUUGGACUUAUGCUGGAGACGUUGUAAUAUGAACUAUGUUAUGUGUUUUGGACAAUGUGUUGGGGAACUUGUAUUUUGGACUUUGUUUGUGGACAUUAUAUGAAGAACUAUGUUCUGUGGAUGUUUUUAUAUUC